AUGCCUGAAAACAGCUCUAGCAGAAGCAGCGACACCGGCAGUGACAGUACUGGCUGUGAUACAGACGAGGGAUGUAAAUAUUCUGGAGGACGUAAAGGUAGGAAAAGACCGUCCAGUGAAAACCUGAGACUAUUAAAAGAGAUGUCUGAUAAUUUAGAAUAUUCCACAAAGCCCCCUAAAAUCCCCACCCCUCCAACAUCUCUUCAAAUUGUUCAAUCACCACACCCAGUGACACAUCCGAUCGACAAUUUUGAUCUCAUUAAUAAUGCACUCCAGGUUCUAAAUUCUGAUGAAAUAGCCGUAGUUAACGCUCUGCUGGAGCUUUUGAAGAAUACCUCUUCUGAGGCCGGAACGUCUUCAGGCCCAGCACAACAACCUAAUGCCCUAGACACGAAUGUAAAAACCCCGCAAACUUUUACCUCGGGGGUAUCAGGGUCCUCAUGCUCCUCUGGGGCAAGUAGCUCUCUGCUUCAACACUUCUCUGUCAGCGACUCGUUAAUACAACCUUCUACAUUACGGUGCCGCAAGGUCCAUCUUCAGCACUCGUCUGCUGAUGACUUAACAGGGUCGGAUACUUCAAGUCCUCAGACAGGCUCCGGAGGGACUAAUCCGUCCGGGGUAAACUCGACUCUCAAAGCCGACUCUCCACAGCCCUCUACCUCGCAUCAGCACUCGUCUGCUGAUGAUUUAACAGGGUCGGAUACUUCAACUCCUCAGACAGGCUCUGGAGUGACUAAUCCGUCCGGGGUAAACUCGAGUCUCGAUGCUGAUUCUCCACAGCCCUCUACCUCACAUACGGACAAUCCUUCCUCUCCAGACCCGUCAGUAAGUUCCCCAGAGCCUUCCACUUCUAUAUUAAGUAAUUUAUUUAUAAUGGAGUGUCCAAAAUUUAACAAAAUCGAGAUUAGACACCGCUUCAAUUUUUCUGAGGCCUACACACUUGAUUCAUUCGCCGAAGUUUUAAUCAUAUACACGAGACCCUUCAACAAAUAUUAG